CAUUGUUAUUUUUAUAGACUUCACUACAAAUUUUCGAUAUGGAAUGAUGGCAAAUGGUCAUCAUUUUAAUGUAGCAAUUUUUAUUUUAUUUACAAUGUGGUUUUUUUAUACUGAAAGCACCCAUGUUUUCACAUUGGAGGAAGACUUCAGCAGGAUAAACACUGAUGAGAAGGUCAGAAAUUAUGCGAGCGACGUUCUGAAGAAACUCAACACCUUCGCAAUAAAAGUGCACCCAAGAAUAAGGCUUUUCUACAAGUUCCUGAUGAAGAAAAUGUUGAAGUACGCUCAUGAGAACUCAGAAUCUUUGUACAAUCCCUACGUAUAUAAGGAGAAUAAUAAAAACAUAGCCAGGUAUAGUCUAUCUGGGUAGUAAUCUUUCUGCGGGUUUUCAAGUAUACUUUUUAUUUCGUC